AUGAACCGCAUACCUCCCCCCGAAGGGCGGGAUGCGCUCCCGAUCCCGCACGCAACCGACGAACCCUCAUGGCGUCCUCCACACCCUCCGCCCUUUGACAGCCACCCGCCCGACUACCUCCGCCCUCUAUCGACUCGAAUAUACCCCGAUUUACCCCACCAUGAGCUACCAGAAUUGACACAGGAGGGCCUGUAUGGUCGUUUCAAUGGCCUGCUCCCCCAGGCGCCCGUGCAUUUCCCCCAAUAUCCAAAUUUCCCUCACCCCAACUUUCGCCCGCCCAUGAAUGUCGCGCCGCGUGAAGCCUCCCCAGACGAUCGUACUCGCAUGGGCUAUUUGCCCACAAAUCAGAUCAAUAGCGCUGAGUAUACGCUUUUCUCGGGCCCUCUGCCUCCAGCUUCACAGUCCACGGCACCCCUUCACCAAAUGGCUGCUGCCACGCCGCCAGGCCGGUACGAUCCGGCAUUUUACCAGUAUCAAAUAUAUGGAUCGCGCCAGCUCAAGACUGUUAGAGCCCAGCAGGCUUGUCAUCAAUGUCGAGCUAAGAAAGCAAAGUGUGAUGAGGGACAACCGAAUUGCAGCCAGUGCAAGAAGAACGGCCUUACCUGUGUUUACAAAUCGCCGUCACCUCAAAAGCCAGAUAAGGCUACCCAGCUAGUAUUGGAUCGCUUCUUGCAGACGAAAGACCGUCUGGAUAUUCAAAUAUCGGAACUGUAUGCGAUCCAGCAGAAUCAUAAGUUAGUGCUGCAAAACUUGUUUCAGGGCAAUAAAUCAGCGCGGCCCAUUCAAGCCAUUGAGGAACAUUCUCUCGUCCCAACACCCGCCUUCGAUCAUGACCCGCCUCUAAAAGAGGUAUCACAGACCCAUACCGCAGGGACUAGUAUCCUGGAUCCCGUGGGCCAGGAUGUGGAGACUUUUGAAUAUGGUCAACAGCUGGGACCCGCGGAGCCGAUGUACGAUGACUCGACGACCGAGGCCGAGGGAGAGUAUUCCAUUCCCGUGGAUCACAAUAUAGCCGCUCACAAGCUAUUGAUGUGGCCCGCGAUCAAGAAACUGCUAUCCCCGAAGGGGUAUGACGAGGAUUAUGUGAUGCGAUUGGAAGAAGAGCGUGGUCUUAUCAGUAUAUAUGGUCAAGGUGAGAUCUCGUACACUGCUGAUGGCAGCCAAUUACCAAGGUAUGGCGGCUUCGACGGUGUCCGACCCGAUGGAGAUGGCGCGGGGCCAGAUUCCGACGUCGAGGUAGACAAGUUUGGUAAGCUGAAGCUGGACGCUGCAACUGCUCAGCGUUACUAUGAAAGCUAUCUCGCCAACAUGUUCAAUCUCCACCCGCUCCUUGAGCAGGACGAACUCAAUAUGAAGGUCGAUACGUUCAUUAGAUGCUAUUGCCGCCCCAGUUCCUCUACGAGCUCCGCCACAGAUGACAUGCGAUCAGCUCAUGAUGGCCUGCCGCCAGCGAAACAGAAACGUUCCAAGGAGAAAUUGGGUGCGCCAGGCGAGUCCGUGGAGACUGUCUCUAACCCGCCGCGGCCACGCGUCGGAAAAAAUAUAGGAAAUGCCAUGAUCAUGCUGUGUCUUGCCCUUGGUGCGAUUUGCGAAGUUCCUGCUCCUCUUCCUGGGCCUAUCAUGGGUCACAGAAUUGAUUAUCGCAGCCAGCCCAUACCUGGUUCCUUGUCGCCACUCCCCCCGAACGGGGUGUAUACCGCCAAUCAUGUGCUCUCGCUCGCAAAUCCCGCCGCAGUUAUCCAAAUGUCGCAUUCGCAUUCUCCGUAUGUGCCGCCAAUGCAACCUACUAGCCAGCCUUUUCCAGCCACGUUAGGUGAAACUCAAGGAAAUCUAUCAAGACGAUGUGUGUCAACCACGCGUGAUGAACAAGGGAAUACGAGGAAUCAUCAGGUCAUUCCUGGUCUGGCUCUUUAUGGUUACGCUACCGCGAUAUUAGGCCUUCUGCAAGGUGGUAACGAUUUAGAACAUGUUCAGACGGGGUUGCUCGCUGGACUUUACGCUGGCCAAUUAGUCCAUCCUUUACAGAGCCACAGUUGGAUCUCCCAGGCCUCAAGGGCUUUGAAGGACCUUUAUAAGUUCGCCUACUGGACCUGCUUGCAGCUGGAGAGUGACCUGCUCACGGAGCUUGAUGUUCCAGCGAGUGGCAUCUCGCGUUAUGAGGGUCGGAUGGGUCUUCCGAAAGGAAAAUUCACAAUCACUCAUCUCCCAGACGAUCCCAGCGCACCCGCACCUAAGAUGAUACUGUACUACUUGGCUCAACUUCACCUGCACAAACUCCUUAAUCGUGUCCACACCUUUCUUUACAAGGUAGAAAAUCAAGGACAAACACGAUGGUCAUCAACUGUCCAAGAUGCCCUGAGCAUGAACCUUGAGCUCUGGCGCACAAGCUUGCCUGACAGCAUGAAGUGGAAAGAUUCCGAUGAGCCAGCAGACGAAAUCAAUGCUGCUCGCAUGCGCGCCAAGUAUUAUGGUGCCCAGUACAUCAUCCAUCGACCUCUUCUCUACCACGCCCUACACCACGGUCAUACCGGGGCCCGCGUCGGCCCAUUUGGCCACACCUCAAUGGAAUCAUCUACCUCGACGCAAGAAAUGUCCUCAAUGAUGCACCAAAGCAACAACAUCGCUGCAAACAUGAUGCCCAUGUCUAGCGGCACAUAUUCCACGUCAGCCGCGUCAGUCGCCCAUGGCUGGACUUCUCCCAAGGUCCAAUUAUGCGAGCUUCCAAAGAAGCUUCGCAUGGCCUGCAAGAUCUGCAUUGACUCUGCCAUCCAGAGUACGGAGGCUUUUGAUGGUGUAGGCGGACAUCGGUUGGUGGUUACCAACAUCUUCGGUACAGCACAUGCGCAGUUCGGCAACAUGCUCGUUCUGUCGGCCACCUACAUGUCCAGCCUGCACGAGCUCGUCGACGCAGAGCUCCUUGAGCGCCUUCUCAGACGCACAGUCGGCUUCCUCACGCAAAGCGAAAACAUCUCUCCCACCCUUCGCGCCGAUGCCCGCAUCCUCACUGAGGUCUACCAGAAUAUCUUCCAUCACGCUCUUGAGAUGAGCCCCCAACCGACAAAAAGGAAGUGGCAUUAA